UUCCCUCAUAGUGUCCGACGGACAGCUCAGACUCCGCAGAGAAGAGGAGAAGAAGUCGCGAGACGCCACCGCGGAGAGAAGAGACGCGUGAACCCUCGCGCGCGCCGCCAUGGCUCUGCGGGACGAGCUGCUCAAGUCCAUCUGGCACGCGUUCACGUCUCUGGACCUGGACAAGAGCGGAAAGGUGUCCAAGUCCCAGCUCAAGGUUCUGUCCCACAACUUGUGCACCGUGAUGAAGAUCCCUCACGACCCGGUGGCGCUGGAGGAGCACUUCAAAGACGACGACGAGGGUCCCGUCUCCACGCAGGGCUACAUGCCGUACCUCAACAAGUUCAUCCUGGACAAGGCGACGGGCAACUUCGACCUCCAGGACUUCAACAGGAUGUGCUGGACCUUGAGCUCCAGGAAGAAUCUGGAUCGAAGCCAGCUGCUCAUCUCCAACGACGACGCCUUCAAGAUCUGGUGCAUCUUCAACUUCCUGUCCGAGGACCGGUACCCGCUGACCGUGGUCACCGAGGAGAUUGAGUACUUCCUGCGUAAGCUGACGGAGGCGAUGGGGGGCAGCUGGGUGGAGGAGCGCUUCGAGGACUACAAGAUGCAGCUGACCUCAAAGCAGCAGAGUCUGACCGCCUGGGCGCUCAUCGGCCUGGUGGGGUCGGGCCACUUCAGCAAGGGCGUGGACCGCCAGGCGCUCUCCAUGGGCAUCAACGAGGUCUACCAGGAGCUCAUCAUGGACGUGCUCAAACAGGGCUACAUCUUGAAGAAAGGUCACAAGAGGAAGAACUGGACGGAGCGCUGGUUCAUGCUGAAGCCAAACUCCAUCUCUUACUACGUCGGGGAGGACCUGGCAGAAAAGAAAGGAGACAUCUUACUGGACGGAAGCUGCGGCGUGGAGCCGCUACAAGAUAAAGAAGGAAAGAAGUGUCUCUUCCUCAUCAAGGCGUCACAUAAAAGCUUUGAAAUCAGCGUGUCGGACAAGAAGAAGAAGCACGAGUGGAUUCUGGCCAUCCAGACCUGCGUGAGCCUGCUGCGUCAGGGCCGGCCGGCGCCGCACCGCGAGGCUCGGCUGAAGCGCCGCGAGCUGCGACUGAAGCAGCAGGCGGAGCAGGAGGAGCUGGAGCUGAGGAUGAGCGAGCUGCAGUCGGCCAACGAGGCCAAACAGCUGGAACUGGAGAACAUGAGACAGGCUCUGGAGGAGGCGGCGACUGACGCAGCAGAAGAAGAACGAAGGCGUCUCCAGACCCAAACUGAACUCCAGGACCGCUACAGGACGGACCUGGAGAGAGAGCAAAUGGUACGGAAGCAGAUGGAGGAGCAGGUGGCCCAGAAGUCCACCGAGCUGGAGCAGUACCUGCAGCGGGUCCAGGAGCUGGAGGACAUGUACCGCCAGCUGGAGGACGCCCUGGACGACGAGAAGCGCGCCAGGCAGGAGGAGGAGGUCGUCCGCAGGCUGCAGGCACGGUUGCUGGAGGAGGAGUCCACAAAGAGGGUGGAGCUGGAGGAGGUCCACCUGCGGCAGCAGCGCGCCAUCUCGGAGACGGAGGCUGAGAAACAGGAGCUGGAGAAGGAGCGCCUGGCCAAGGAGAACGCCCUGCAGGCCGCCAUGAAGCAACUGGAGCAGCUGGAAGAAGAGAGGCAAGGGGCGCUGGAGCAGUACCAGACGGUGAUGAAGAAGCUGGAAGACGCCGCCAACAACACCAAGACCUGGAAGCACAAGGUGGCCGAGCACGAGGGCAUGUUACGGCUGAUCCAACCAGGUUCAAAGGGACAGCAGCUGAUCACCAAUUGGGGCCCUGCAGCCUUUUCCGAUGCAGAACUCAGCUCGAGGCAGAAGAAGUGGCAGGAGACGAAGAACCAGGCGACCCAGGCCCAGUAGAGACCCCCGUCAGACCUGAACCUCAACGAGAGAGAGACAGGUGACUGGAGGGGGUUCUCUGGGUUCUCAGUGGAGUCCACAUUCUAAAUUUAACAGGAUAAUAAUAAUAAUAAUAAUAAUAUGAUAAUCAAUUACCUUAAAAGGAUGAAGUUCACUAAUUCUAGCUGGGAUGCAACACAAAAUACCAAGUGAAGAAAUGGUAACCAAGACAACCAAGGUUUAAAGUCCAGUGACGGGGGAGUUCCCUUUCCCCCCAAAAAAUGGUGUACAUGACGUAAAAUUGGUUAUGGAGGCUAAAAGAGCUCACCGGGCAAAGUUGGGUCAUUAAUAUUGACCCAUUAAUCACCACAGAUAAAGUAAUUUUGGGCCACUGAGCAGGCAAUCUGAAUUUCUCAAAAGUUAGGCAUUAAUCCCACAUUUACCAAGAACUAAUGACACACAGGUCCCAACAUAACAGUACAAUAAAAACAACUCCAUCUGUUGACUUUAAGAUGUGUAUGACAAGUCAAGAGUGAGAAAAUAAAAGAGUGCACACCUCUACCUAUUUAUCAUGUUGUAGAUUUCACAUAUGAAACGCACUACUUUCAACUGCCAGUCGCUCGAGCCCGUUUUAGGCUCCGCGUCGUCGUAAAGUUGAACAACAAUCUAUUAAGUGGUAACAUCUUGGGGAAAAAAAGGCACGAUAUCGUGAACAUAUAAAUAUAAAAAAAGGGACUUUUUGUACAUACAUUAACGCUGCUUCCCACCCCCCACCCCCCCCCCCGCUUUCCUUACUAAAUUAGUCGAGCUGCAUGCAGGCAGCAUCAGUAACGCCAUGUCAUGUAAAGUCCAUCUAACAACGUUAUAAUUAAAAUACCAUUCGUGUGUACGAUUCACUAAACAUUUUGUCAUUAUUACAAAAGCCUGGAUUUAUAUCCGUCUAAAAAGAACCGCCUCUUAAACAUUUCCUGCUUGUAAA